AUGUCACAGCACCCUACUUAUCCCUAUGGGUAUACCCAACAAUCAACUUCAAACGAUCAUCCACCAUCAUCAUCACAAGGUCAACCUCAACCUCAACCUCAACCUCAAGCAACAUACAAUGAUCCCUCAAACUUAUUAUCAGUAUACCCUUUCAUGACUUAUGCACCAACUGCAAGAGUCGCUCAACACCUAUCACCUCACACAACCACCUACCCACCUACUCCCAGCUCAUCAGACCUGUAUCCACAGUAUAGCGAUAUCCUCAGUCGAUUGGAUAAUCCCACUACAGUCGAAGAUUGGGCGAUGCGACAGGCUGCCGAAGCUAGACUGAGAGAAGUCAUGAGUAAUAGCACAAGCCAUAGGUAUUCACGACAACCACCCCCUCAUACACCUCGGUCAUACGCUCAACCACCCACUCCAACUUCUGCCAACGCUUACGGCGCGGAAGGUCCAGCUUCACACACACUCCCACUGCCAUAUUCCUUCCUACCGACUUACUCUUCUCAGCCUAUCUCGAACGGCCAAUUGCACACACCUACUUCGACUAGUGGUCAUUCUCCUGUCUCUCCUCAACGUCAUCCUCCAGCUUUUCAGAACAGUCCUCAGGACUAUCUCAACAAUUUCGUUAACAACACUUUAGCCAGAAAUACAGAACCAAACAUUCAGACACCACCUGCUUCCUCUUCUUCCCGAUCACAACCUAUUGUAGCUCCCCAACCUGUCCCUAUCACCUCAAUGCCCCUGCAAGCUGGACCAUCAAGGGAAAGACGUGCCUCUCCUAGGCGGUCAACCCCUAAUCUCCCUGCGAUUGCUGCAUCAUCCCAACAAACUCAGGCUCAAGUCGGAAUGUCUAUCCAAAGACGUACCUCCCCUCGAAGGUCAUCAGCCUCUAUGACCGAUAUGAGAUCCCCCAACCCACCUUCGUCUGUAGCUUCCACGCCGACUCACGAGAGGAUCAUGCAUUCCAGUCCGGCAUCUUCUCCUGAUCCUCUGGGUCCUUCGCCAACUAAGAAAUCGAGGAAUAACAAUAAUGGAUAUACAGAUAGGAGCAGUAGUAGGGACAUGUCACCAUCGAUCUUCGGUAGAAAACAAACACCCGAUAUGGAGAUAUCAUCCUUGUCCGUGAAUGAUCGAAGAAGUAGUAGCAGCGAAGAAACCCCAAGAGCCAAGUCGCUUGGGAAGGUCAUACAAGUUGUCAUCCCCACAAGGAAGAAGAUUAGUAAAGAAGAUCAAGCGUCAGAUAGUAACAAUGAGGAGGAAGAUGAUGAAGAUGAUCUGGAUUGGGGAGAAGAUAAAGAUGGGGACUGGAUCAUGGAUAAUCACCAGGAUGGUAGAUAUAAAAGCCCACCAACGGAUACGGUGGUUUUGCCUAGAGGUAGCGGUAGGACAGGUGAGAGAGAUAUGAGAACUUUCUGGCAGAAAUUGAUCAAUCUGCUUGAAGACAUCUUCGAAGAAUCUGAUGCGUUCCCUUCCAAUCCCAAUUCAGGGGAUCUAGCUGGUAGUCGAUAUUUCGCAACUACAUCGAGAGAUGGUGGCUUACCACUAUUAUCUUUUGAAACUGUACGGAAAGUGUCAUCCUACGUUACCAGAGUACAAUCUGCACGUAAGAGACAACCCUCCGGUGCUCACGACGGAGGUGUAGGUCAGUGGGACAAUGAGGUGAUGGGAAGUAUUUUGAGGUUGUUGGAGAGAAGUAUGAGGGAUAUGGAGAGUCUCACUGUUUUUCCUGAAGAUAGGAAACCUGCUGUUUCUGCUUCCGCUCAAGCUUCAGGGGAGGGAAAGAAGAAGGCGUCGAUUAAGAAGAAGACAGAGCCAAUCAAUCCGGACGACAAUGACGAUGAUCAAGAAUUCACUCUCAGUGAAGAUGCUUUGCAGAAGCAUGAACGUACAUUAGUUAGAGUGAGAGAUGGAGUGGCAGCUGCUGAAAGUGUCUUGAUCCUACUGGACUCCGAGGGAUUAUCUAAACAAAUGUACUCUGAAGAUCUUCUUACCACCAGCGUAAGCAUAAUCAAAGAGCAGAUGGAGAAGGUCAUAUUCCCCAUUGUCGAAGGCUUAGCAGGCGAGAAGAUAUCAUCAAAUUACCUCGCUCAUAUCGUACAAGCAGAAACCAUGUCUCUGAAAAAGGGCAAAUCGAAAGCUCUCUCACCAUACUUCGCUCAUCCUUCCUUCUCCGCCAUCGCAACAUCAAUCAUCUCUUCCAUCCCUCGUCUCACUUCCAUGAUCGGUAGACCUCAAUUGGCUUUUUCAGACUCUUUGGUCAUCCAAACUGUAUAUCUGGCAAUUGGACCGUUAUUCAUCAAUGAGCCGGUCAUGAAGAGAGGCAAGAAAGAUGGAAUGGGGAAAGAGGGAGGUGGAGUAAUGAAAGGGCUCAGAAUGGAGGCUUUAGGCUGUCUCAGAGGGGCUUUCGCACGAUAUGAAGAUCAAAGACAGUGGAUCGUAGAAGAAAUCCUGAGCUCAUUGGUCAGAAUACCAGAACAAAAUCAUGUUCAGAACAAGUUCGAACUUGCGAACGGAAAGUCCAUCCAUACUAUCUCAGCACUCUUACUUCAGCUUAUCCAAGCUUCCGCAUACGGUACGAUUGACAGAAUCAGAAAAUUACAUUCAUCCGCUGCUGAAGCUGAGAUGAUGGGUAUGAGCGAUAAGACGGUGGAUGUUCCAGAAGAGGAAUCAAGGAUUUGUGCGGAUACUAUCGAAAGCGCUUUAAGAUCAGCUAGGAUCGUUGCUGGAUAUCUCGUGCAGAAGUCCACCUCGACUAAAGCCACGAAAACAUCCCAUGAUACAGAGUAUAAAGCUAUCCUGGAUCUCUUCUUGAAAGAUUUGAUGCUUGUUCUCUAUCGACCCGAAUGGCCAGCUUCCUCCCUUUACCUUACUGUCUUCUCUCGGAUCCUGAUUGUCUCCUUGGAAGAUCAAAAGACUGGUCCAGAGGCCACAGCUGCCAAAGGUAUCGCACUGGAUUAUCUCGGUGAUAUAGCUGCUAGAUUGAAGGGGCUCGGACUGGAGAUGAACGGUGAAGGGAAGAUAGCUACUCUGGAUGAAGUCAUUGCGAAUGUUGAUAUGGCAGGUUUACAAAAACUGAUCGAAGCUCAGAAAGCUAUCAUGACUUUCUUGUCCUCUGCAGCUCGAGAAGAUGGAUCUCUGAUUUCUUCCCGUGAUAUGGCUUGUAUAAUCUGGGCUCAAGAGCUUCAGAGCGCUAUCAAGAAAACAACAAAUGUAGUAGAGAAGUUGGCUUCGGAGAAAGGUGAAGAAGCUCAGGAAACCAGUCAAAGUCUUCAGAAUAUCACUACUACCCUUAAGAAUACACUUAGGAAUGUAUGGGCAGGUGAUGAAGGGUUAUUUGAGGUUCAUGAUCCACGACAAGGAGAAAUCGCUACUUCAGCAUCCAUCGCUAUAUCUCGAGGUAGACAAUUACAGAAUGCGGUUGAUCCUAUCUUGAUUGCUCUUUUGGGUGUAUUGGAUAAUCCAGUCGUAGCACUUCGUUCUAAAGCUUUGAGAGGCGUUGGAUCGGUUAUCGUGGUGGAUCCAGAAGUACUUGGACUGCCUCAAAUCCGUCAAGCAUUGGAAGACCGACUUUCCGACCCUUCACCCGCAGUACGAGAUGCAGCGGUGGAAUUAGUAGGGAAAUAUAUAGUCCAGAAACCUAAACUAGCGGCCGAGUAUUAUCCUCAUAUUGCUCAAAGAGCUCUGGACUCCGGUUUGGGAGUGAGAAAACGAGUCAUCAAACUUCUGAAAGGCAUUUUCCCCAAUAUGGAAAUUAGGGAUAUCAAAAUCGAUAUUUGCUGUAGAAUAAUCGAUCUCACGGAUGAUCAAGAUGAAGGUGUUAAAGAUCUGGCUGUGAAAACAUUGACCGAAUUGCUGUAUACUUCUGGAGAAGAUGCAGCUGGAUUAUUGGUCGAUAUCCUGGGAGAUUUCAGAGGUAGUAAUGGAUUACUGGAACGAGCGAUGGACGGGGUAUCGAAUGAAUGCGAUUCCACAAACCACAAAGAUCGGUUCGGGCAAACUAUCGAUUCUCUCAUCACUCGCCUUAUUGACGCGACUGAACAAUUGGACUUUGAUUCUCUCUCACAUGUACGGGCAAUAUGGUUAUUGUGUACCAGUGAUCCUGGUCAGAUCGAUACUCAGAAAGCCGGAGUGCUAUUAUCGUAUCUUCGACCUCCUGCCAAUUCCGAUGAUCAAGCUACCAAUGAACUUCUCCUGAAGAUAUUCAGAAAAUGUAUACCUCAAAUGCCAAGAACAGCAUCGACCUUCGCAUCGGAUCUGACAAAAAAGCUCAUGCCUAUGAUAUCGAAACCUGCUGGUGGAUUCCAAGCUCUGAGAGAGACCAUCGGAUGUUUUUGUGCCGUCAUCAACUGUUUGACGAGAGAUUGGACGAGGUUGAUCAAUGUUUUGAGGGCUUGUGAGGCUAAAAUCCGACCCAUUCGAAGUCAAUUCCUUAGUACUGGUACGACCACUCCACCGAGUCAAGCUGCAUCAAUGAUGUUGUAUAUUACUGCUUUGAUAGCUGAAGGGUGUAAUCUUGAUAAAGUCGCUCUAGAAGAUGACAUGGUCGACCUCGAACUGCGUAAAAUGACUUCCUCGCCCAUAUCAGUCUACCUUUAUGAGGUUUAUCUUGAUUUCGCCAAACUCCCCUCGUUCCAAUCAGCAGCAACUAUCUGUAUAGGAUCUCUCUUCCGUUCUUAUCCCUUUUUGCUCCAAAGAGAAGAAACUUCCGAAUGGAUGUCGGACACUUUCAAUUCGCAGAACGAAGAUAAUCGUGCUCAGCUCUUGGGUGUGAUCCACGAGUUUCUUGCUUCGGAUGUCGAGAGGAGAAUCGAUAAAGGCCCUGGUAGUGGUACGAAAGGGAAAAAACGAGAUAAAGGUAAGAAGGAAUUGGGUUUUGAGAUGUUGCGUGGGGAUGCAAAGGAAUUACAGGACUCAGAUCAUUCGACUACGAUAGUACAGAAUAACAUCGAACAAAUAUUUGAGUGUGCCAGAUCCCAGAAUUCGGUCACUCAGAAUGCAGCUUUGGACGUAUUGGGUUUUGUGGUAAACCAAGGAUUGUAUUCACCGGUUCAUACCGUCCCAAUUUUGGUAACACUUGAAACCUCCUCCGACCCUCAGAUAUCCGAACGAGCAUUAGGCCUUCAUCAGGUCUUGCAUCAGAAACAUGCUUCUCUAGUUACAGUGUUAUAUAUGGAAUCGGCCAAAGCAUCCUACACCUAUCAAAGAAGUUUGACAUCUGAACCUUCCGGUCAUAGAAAUGGAGUAGCGUUAUUGCAGAAUUGGUAUAACCUCUUGAGUGAGAAGAGAGUUUGGAAAAUUGAUUUCUUGAAAGCUUUAAGCAGAGGGUUCGAUAGGGAUUUGAUAGGGGAUUUAGAUCCAAAUUUCGUACUCUACCUUGCGGAGAACUUGGCAACUUUCGAAUAUAAAUUACAAGAAGAACCAAUGACAAUCAUAGUAUCUUUACAAAAGAUCAUAUCGACUUGUACAAAUUUGAUCUCGACAAUGGAAAAAAUCAAUUUGACUCAAAUUCAAGCUUACCAGCCCAAUGAACCUGUUAGAGAAAAAACGAUCCGUAUUGGUGAUAAUGAUCAAGAGAACACGAUCAAGAUUGAGACAAUGGUUGAAUCGAGUAUCAUCAUUUCUUUGGCGGUAGUUUUGAAAAAUCAUCUUUUAAAUUUAUAUCACUUACCUGAAGAUAAAUGUGCAAUUCACAUACCGGGUAAAAAAUCAGCGAUUGGUGAUAAACCCACACAAAGACGUGGAUCUGCUGUAUUGGAUUUGACGAGGGUACCAUAUGUAAGGGGUGCACAGACUUUUGGAGAAUUCAGAGGUUUACAAUGCAGUUUCUUGAGGUUGAUUCAUGAAGAUGGAUCAUUGGCUGAAUUGAAUUGA